AUGAAGCCCACAGAGACCAUGGACACCAAAGCCAUUGCGGGUCAAACAUUUGACUACAUUGUGUGUGGUGGAGGGAAUUCAGGCUGUGUAAUUGCAGCAGAACUCGCCUCUAUCCCCAACACAUCUGUGCUUCUUGUAGAAGCAGGCAGAGAUUCUGGUAUUGUGCCAGACGUUCUCGUGCCAGGUAAAUAUGUCAAGCAACUACAGGAAGACAAAGAAGGAUUAUGGGAGUUGGAGACAGUACCACAGGCACACUUGGGUGGUAGGAAGCUAGUAUUCCUGAGAGGCAGGCAGCUCGGAGGCAGCUCGGCUGUCAACUAUAUGGCACUUGCUCGAGGGCCGGCGGCCGAUUAUGACGAUUGGGCUACAAUUGUUGGCGAUGAUGGGUGGAAGUGGAAAAAUAUACUACCCCUGAUGAAAGAGCUUGAGGACUUCGACCCAAAAUUGCCUGAGGAUAUGCAACGCUUUGCUGCACCGCGGCCCUCAAAUCAUGGAACCUCGGGCCCUCUCAAGAUUGGAUUUGGUGACCAGAUGGUUCCCGGUAUUGAGACAUUCGUGAAGGCAUGCGUGGAGACCGGGAUACCACUGUGUCCAGAUAUCAACUCUGGAAACCCAGUGGGUGUGGGGUUGGCCCAGUUCAACGUUCAGGAUGGAGAAAGAUCAUAUGCAGCCAAUGCUUUCCUGAGCCAGACAACUCGUGCAUCGCUGAAGAAUUUGACUAUUAUGACGGAAACUGAAUGCGACCGACUCCGCUCUAAAGAUGGGGUGGUUAGUGGGAUAGAUUUGUAUCACCGACCUACCCGGGAGAAGGUCCACGUUUACUGUCGCGAGGAGGUUGUACUAUCUGCUGGCACGUUUGGGUCUCCCAAACUCUUGAUGCUGUCUGGUCUCGGACCCAGAGAUACAUUGGCGCAGCACGGCAUUCCAGUCCAAGCUGACUUACCAGGAUGUGGACAAAACAUGCUUGACCAUUCAAUCAUCACCUGUGAAUACAAGGUGGACAAUUCAAUUCCAGCGCACAAUCAGCUGUUUCUCAACCCUGGCCUUCUCGCAGAAGCGGAGGCACAAUAUGCCAAAGAUCAUACUGGGCCCCUUGCCAUGUAUGGCUCCAGUGGUACUUUAGCAUUCCCCAGAAUCAAGCGCCUGUUUGACUCGAAGGAGUUUUCCGACCUUGACAGCAAGGCACAACGGUUUUUGCUGGAGCCCACGAGACCAUCAGCUGAAAUUUGGCUUGGAUCAGGACCUUCCGUGUACCAGCCCGAUGGACCAGACCAGAGUUACAUGACGCAUGAGCUUCUACUGCAAAACAAUUUGUCGCGAGGAACUAUCACAAUUAGUUCCAGAGAUCCAAGAAGACCCCCGAUUCUCGACCCGAACUUCCUGGCUCAUCCAUUCGAUCAGCGCAUCGCUAUCGAAAGUGUUCGCCUGGAGUUAAAGAUUACUCGCACCAAAGCCUAUGAAGGAACCAUUGAGCGAAUGGUCCAUGGUCCAGAUAUUGAAUUUGCAACGGCAAACCUUGAUGCGAUCAGUGAUGAGGUGAUGUUAAAUUUCAUUCGAAAGAACUUGGACCAAGGCUAUCACAGUGUGGGUACUUGUCGCAUGGGCAAGGCCAAUGAUCCAGAGGCUGUGGUAAACUCCCGGUUCCAAGUAAAGGGAAUGAAAAAUCUCCGGGUAGCAGACCUGAGCGUAUGCCCCAUUCUAACUUGCAAUCACACUCAGAUCAAUGCUUACUUGAUUGGUCUUCGAUGUGCAAAAGAGAUGGUCGAGCAUUGCAAGGCCCGUACACACCUUGCGAAGUUGUAA